UGGGUGGGUGUCUCCACAGUCAGUGCGUGCAUCUUCCCCUUCCCCUACCCCGAUCCCUCUCCCCUUCUUCCCUAACCUCCUACCCCACCCAGACCCCUCCUCAGGGGGCAGCAGGGCCGCUCCCUCUGUCCUUCCUUCCCUUACCCAUCCUCACCCGCCCUUGUUUCUCCUUCCCCUGCCCGGGGCAGCCGCCGCCAUGAUCCUGCUGGAGGUGAACAACCGCAUCAUCGAGGAGACGCUCGCGCUCAAGUUCGAGAACGCGGCCGCCGGAAACAAACCAGAAGCAGUAGAAGUAACAUUUGCAGAUUUUGAUGGGGUCCUCUAUCAUAUUUCAAAUCCUAAUGGAGACAAAACAAAAGUGAUGGUCAGUAUUUCAUUGAAAUUCUACAAGGAACUUCAGGCACAUGGUGCUGAUGAGUUACUAAAGAGAGUGUAUGGGAGCUUCUUGGUAAAUCCAGAAUCAGGAUACAAUGUCUCUUUGCUAUACGACCUUGAAAAUCUGCCUGCAUCCAAGGAUUCCAUUGUGCAUCAGGCUGGCAUGUUGAAACGAAAUUGUUUUGCCUCUGUCUUUGAGAAAUACUUCCAGUUCCAAGAAGAGGGCAAGGAAGGAGAGAACAGGGCAGUUAUCCAUUAUAGGGAUGAUGAGACCAUGUAUGUUGAGUCUAAAAAGGACAGAGUCACGGUAGUCUUCAGCACAGUGUUUAAGGAUGACGACGAUGUGGUCAUUGGAAAGGUGUUCAUGCAGGAGUUCAAAGAAGGACGCAGAGCCAGCCACACGGCCCCACAGGUCCUCUUUAGCCACAGGGAACCUCCUCUGGAGCUGAAAGACACCGAUGCUGCUGUGGGUGACAACAUUGGCUACAUUACCUUCGUGCUGUUCCCUCGCCACACCAAUGCCAGCGCUCGAGACAAUACCAUCAACCUGAUCCACACGUUCCGGGACUACCUGCACUACCACAUCAAGUGCUCUAAGGCCUAUAUUCACACACGUAUGCGGGCAAAAACAUCCGACUUCCUCAAGGUGCUGAACCGUGCACGCCCAGAUGCCGAGAAGAAAGAAAUGAAAACAAUCACGGGGAAGACGUUUUCAUCCCGCUAACUCUUGGGAACAGGAAGAGGAAGCUGCUGGCAACUGAAGGCUGGAACACUUGCUACUGGAUAAUCGUAGCUUUUAAUGUUGCACCUCUUCAGGUUCUCAAGGGAUUCUCCAUUUAGGUUCCAUUUUGUACACGUUGGAAAAUAAUCUGCAGAAACGAGCUGUGCUUGCAAGGACUUGAUAGUUCCCAAGAAUUAAAAAAAAAAAAAAAUCCACUUGA